AAGACAGAGGACAACGGCCCACUUCUCACGCCUCCGCUUCUAAAACCCUCACCUCUCUCGAGAACCACGCCCCCCCCCCCCCCCCCCCCCAUUUUGUCUCAAUAAAUUCCAAACCCCCUGUUCGAAUUUCGACUCUGCUCCACUCUGUUCAAACUGGCGAUCGACAAUCACGACCCAUUCGUCAAGCCCAACAGCAGGCGCGUCAUGGGUCCUGAAGUUGAUGAAAAGUCGUGGCCGGAAUGGGCUAAGGCUUUGCUCGCUGAGAAAUUCUUUGAUCAAUGCGAAUUGCACUCUGAUUCCAACAAGAAUGAGUGUAAUUUGUUUUGUCUUGAUUGCUAUUCGGCUCCUCCGAUAUGUUCGCUCUGUGUUACUGAUCACGAAGACCACCCUGUCAUUCAGAUAAGAAGGUCAUCAUACCAUGAUGUGAUUCGAGUUUCUGAGAUUGAAAGGUAUCUGGACACUGCUUAUAUCCAGACCUAUGUUAUCAAUGGUGCUAAGGUUGUUUUCUUAAACAAACGACCACAACUUAGGCCUAGCAAAGGUGUUUCCAAUACUUGUGUUGCAUGUGAUCGCGGCCUUCUUGACAACUUCCGUUUCUGUUCUCUUGGGUGCAAGAUUACCAGUACUUCAGGGGACGGGGGAGAUGACAGUUCUGGUAGUAGCAGCAAUGUGCAAGGUUUCAGUCCGUCAACACCACCAACUGCACUGCUCACUUUCAAAUCAGGCAAUAGAAGAAAGGGUAAACCUCGCAGAGCUCCAACAGGUGGAUUAAUCAUGGAGAAGUAGCUCCACUUUGGUUUUACCAAAUUACCAUUUCGAAAGUACUAGUUUGGUACUUAACUUGUAAGAGUAGCAUAUGCCAUACAAAAUAGGAUGGUCACCUAUACAUUUGUUGGUUAUUUUACUUUAUUCACAUUGGUCAAAUAUUUUCUUGUUAUCUGGAUUAAAACCUUGGAAGCAGUUUAUUGAUGUGGAUUCUGCAACUCUGUUGAUGCAGUAGUUCAAGUUUCAAAUCU